CAUGUUAUCAGGAUCUAAAUUCCAUGUUCUUCAUCAGCAGCAAUCUCAUUAUUCCAAUCCAAAAAUUCCAUGCUCUUCUUUCUCACUAGUUUUGAAUAACAAGGCCUUUCAUCAAUUUCAUGCUACCCCAUCACCUUAUUAUAAGUUCAAGUACUUGUCAAUGAAAUGCUCCAAUUCUUCUAUCUCAAUACCAUCAUCAUCAAAUGAUGAUGGUUCAGAAUUGUUUGAGCCUGAUCCAUCUCUCACCAAAUAAGAUCUCAAGCCAACUUCACCAAGCCAAAGAACACUCACAGGUUUUGAAAUGGCAAGCCUUUGGGUUGGUCUUGUUGUUGGUGUCCCUUCAUACUACCUUGCUGGUUCCCUUGUUGAUCUUGGCAUGGCAUGGUGGCAAGGUAUUGGAACAGUUGUUGUGGCAAACAUGAUUCUAUUGGUUCCACUUGUUCUAACUGGCCACCCUGGCACACUCUAUGGCAUAUCAUUCCCAGUUCUUGCAAGAUCCUCAUUUGGAAUCAAUGGUGCUCACAUUCCAACACUCUUAAGAGCUUUAAUUGGUUGUGGUUGGUAUGGAAUUGAAUCAUGGAUUGGUGGUGAAGCAAUCUUCCUUCUCCUGCCACAAUCAUUGAAAAACAAUUCAUCACUCUCAAACUACCUACCUUGGCUUGGAACUUCCCCACUUGAAUUCUUCUGCUUUUUGGGCUUUUGGGUGGCUCAAUUGGGUUUUGUUUGGAGAGGAAUUGAUGGAAUUAGAAUUCUUGAGAAGUACUCAGCUCCAAUACUAAUUCUUCUUACAACAUGUUUACUUGUUUGGUCUUAUGUUAAUGCUGGUGGAUUUGGUCACAUGUUGUCUUUGUCUUCUAGGCUUACAAGCUCACAAUUUUGGUCUGUUUUUUUCCCUUCAAUCACUGCUAAUAUAAGCUUUUGGGCCACAGUUGCAAUUAACAUACCUGAUUUCACUAGGUAUGCAAAAAGUCAACAUGAUCAAAUCAUUGGUCAAAUGGGGUUACCAAUUUUCAUGGGACUAUUCACAUUUGUUGGUUUAGCUGUUACAUCAUCUACUAAGGUCAUUUUUGGUAGAAUAAUUUCAAACCCAAUUCAGCUUCUUGGUCAAAUUGGAGGAUUAACAACUUGUUUUCUUGCAAUCUUUGGUAUAAGCCUAGCAACCAUAACUACCAACAUUGCUGCUAAUGUUGUUGCACCUGCUAAUGCACUUGUUAAUCUUAGUCCUAAGAUUUUCACAUUUAGAAGAGGUGCAAUUUUAACAGCACUACUUGGCAUUGCAUUUCAACCAUGGAGGCUUUUGAGAUCAAGUGAGAGUUUUGUUUACACUUGGCUAGUUGGUUAUUCUGCAAUUAUGGGUCCAAUUGGAGGAGUUGUUCUAGCAGAUUACUAUCUUAUAAAGAGGACACAUUUGAGUGUUAAUGAUUUGUAUUCAAGGAGUGUUUAUGGUGCAUAUUAUUAUUAUAAGGGGUUUAAUGUGGCUGCAAUUGUGGCUCUACUUCUUGGGAUUUUGCCUGUGCUUCCUGGUUUCUUGUGGAAAGUUGGAAUAAGUUCUGUUCCUGAUGUUUUUGUUGUGAUUUACAACAAUGCUUGGUUUAUUAGCUUCUUUUUUGCAGGAUUCUUACAUUGGAUCUUGUCAAGUUUCAGAAGUAAACCGGAUAAAUAUGAUGUCGGAGGAGAAUCUCUUUUGUCCUCGUCAAAGUAAAUAAUUCUUUUUUUUAGAUGGUCGAUAUUUGAAUUUUAUUAGAAGAAAUUUGACUUAUUUGAAUAGUAUAAUUAUGCAGGUUUUUCUUAGGACAUAAUUUUUUUUCAAUGUUUGUAUAUACAUAAGCACAUUGGUAGUUAAAAAUGUUCGGAACAAUUUUCUUUUAAGUGAAAGAGAUUUCAUAUUGUUUAUGAUUGAUUAUGUAAU